AUGAGAUUAAGAAAAACGCGACCUUCGUAUUCGGAGCCUCGGAAGGCAGUCGAGGCACUUAAAAAUCAUUUGUCGAGCGGACCCGUGUUGGCGAUUUAUUCGCCGCACGUGGAGACCGAGCUGCACUGUGACGCGAGCGUCAGCGGUUUCGACAGAAUCGUGCUCCAGAAGCAGAGCGACGGGAUGUGGCGCCCAGUCUCGUUUUCGAAUCAGAGGACAACUCCCGCUGAAUCGAAAUACCACAGCUUUGAACUGGAGUGCUUAGCAGUCAUUUACGCUAUAAAGCGAUUCCACGUUUACCUCGCGGGGCAAAAGUUCAAAGAACACAAUGGUAUUUUACUGGCAAAUGCAACAAGAGGAGAUUUUGAGAAAUGUGUUGAGUUAGCUACAGAAGGAUUUAGAAUCUGGACAGAAAAGUCUAUUGAUUCUAAAAUAUGUAUAUUAUCCAAGCUUACGUCAAUAUUACAAACUAAUGAACCUUUAUUAGCGAAUGAAAUAUCUCAUUGGAUAAAAUUGGCAUAUUACUAUAAGAAUCACGUGAAUUGUCAUCAGAAUGACAAAUUUGAAGUAACAAAAAUUCGUAUACCAAAAGGUGUUAUUUUUCUUGAACAGAAAGAUGCAGUUACUCUAUUUCGCGAGUUAACACAAUGUUUAAUUACUGGCAAUGCUGUCAUUGUGAUAUGUAAUCCAGAUGUGUGCACUCUAGUAAAAUAUUGUGACAUAUUUUCAACAGCAACAAUACCAUCGGGUGUUAUAAAUCUCAUUUCAAGUAAAAUUAUAGCCUACAUGAACUAUGAGAAAAUUCUCGAAAAAUCAAAGCCAAAUUCAAUAUAUGAACAACUUACUACAACCAAGCAUAUUGUACUUUGCCUUAAGUAAAAUUGAUA